AUGAGUUCUAUUAAGAUUGCGGUGGUGGGGCUUGGUCGGAUGGGCAAGCGCCAUGUCCAUACGUUGUUGUACCGUGUGCCUCGGGCUCAAGUGGUAGCUGUGUGUAGCAGUGACCCUAGCGAGGUUGAAUGGGCUACGAACAACCAGGAAUAUAACGACUUUGGUAUUGCCGUUUACGACAACUACGAUAAUAUGCUGGCGCAUCCUGGCCUUCAGGCUGUUUGGGUCUCCAGCAGCACGGACGUGCAUGCGAGUCAGUCUUUGGCUGCUAUUAACAAGGAUCUUCAUGUUCUUUGUGAGAAGCCGUUGAGUACGGAUUUGGCGGAGGCCCAAUCGGUGGUCGACGCAGCCCGAGCAAAGCCUUCGCUGAAAGUAAUGGCCGGGUUCUCGCGUCGAUUCGAUGCCUCAUACCGAGAUGCAAAUCAGAAGGUCUUUGACAGAAAGGCCAUCGGAUCCCCGUUCAUGGUCCGGUCCAACACCUGCGAUCUCAGAGAUGAGACCGGGUUCUUCGUUCGAUAUGCGUCCCGAAACGGUGGGAUCUUUGUCGAUUGCGCCAUUCACGAUAUUGACCUGUCGCUUUGGUUCUUGGAUAACCCGAAGCCCAAGGCGUGUUGGGCGGCUGGGACGCUUCAGCAUCAUCCGGAACUGAAGGAUCUCUCUGAUGUGGAUAAUGCGGUCGGGAUUGUUGAAUUCUGGGGCGGGAAGAUUGCUUACUUCUAUUGCUCCCGGACUCAGGCGCACGGACAUGAUGUCUGUACUGAGAUUACUGGAACGGAGGGCAAGGUGAUGGUGAAUGUCAUUCCUAAGCGGAAUAAUGUUGUCCUGGCCGAUUCCUUGGGUAUGAGGCAUGAAGUGCAGCCGGAGUAUUGGGAGCGAUUUGAGGAUGCGUUUGCGGUGGAAGCUAACGAGUUUGUGACUGCUGUGCUGAAGGAUACGGAGGUUCCUUUGCCGCUGGAGUCGGGGAUCAUGGUGAUGAAGAUCGGUCAGGCUUUGCAGCAUGCGCUGCUUUCUGGGGAAGUGGUGCGUUUUGACGAGAGUGGGGAGCGGUUGAACUAGCUCAGGGAGUUGUUUCGAAGCUAUUGAUGGGUUAGUGAAUGCAAUGUUUUUUGCGGUAGAGAAUUUGGCAUUGAGCCUGGUGCGCUUUAUUGUA